ACAUUUGAACUUUGCCGGCAUACACGCGUUAGCUUCCCGUUUUACGACACUCGUAUCUGCCAAACAAAAUAAUAAUAAAGGAGGGAAAUAUUCAAAUAUAUUAUGGUAUUUGCUAGUUUUCGCCUUAAUUUUCGUUAAGUAACACGUAAGAAAGUUUUGUGUAAGUAUUGUUUUAUUGAGAAAAUGUGAAUAUUUGUUUAAAACACCGGACAGGUAGUCAAGUGUCGUUAGAAGUUUAAUCGAAAAGAAAAUUAUAAUGGAUGAGUUGCGGUCGAAGCAUAAGUCCCUGCACAAUGCCGCUCAUCACAUCGCCUUGGAGUGUAUUAAUCCUCAGUCUCACUCGCCGUACCAUGUGCACCCGUACCCGAGCCCCGUGCGACUGCAGCACGCCUUCCAGAGCCAGAAUAGCCCUAAGAUGUUCCACCCUAAAGGGCUCAAGCCUCAUAUCGACGGGCGCGCCUACAGCACACCAAACGACAGCCCGAUACUCGGGCGCGCCCUCUGCCUCACACCCCGCGGCAGCCCCUUACCGGGCCGAGUCUCGCACCUUAGCGACAAGUUUCAAGACUCACUCACUCUGGCCUCGGACACGGACGCCCUCGUCGCUAAGAUCAGCGCUAUGUUCCCUACUGUCAGCGAGACGCAUAUCAAGAUACUGCUGAAGAAGUACUACAACCGUGAAGCCGUCGUAAUAAGUGCUCUCCAAGUCGAGAAGCAUCCCAUAACGACACCGGGGCCUCUCACCAUGUCCCCUAUGGCGGCUCGCAUGCAAAAGGGGGCUAUGGGGGUCUAUUCGGCCCUGCAGCUGGCUAAGGGAGUCUCAGGCUCCAUACACUCCGCUCAUUUUACCCCGCUCUCUGGAACACCUCAAGGGUCACCGAGCUUGCUCCGGCCAGCGUCCGGAGCCUCCAGCCAUUAUGGCGCCCGUUCCACCAGCAGUCAACCCACGCGACACCAAUCACCGAAGAUGAAGCUGAAAUACCUGAAGAGCGUUUUCCCGAAGGCGGAAGAAACGUUGAUUCUGGACGUGCUCGCGAACAAAGACAACAACGUUCAGAAGGCAAGCGAGGAGCUCAUCACUAUGGGGUUCACUAAGAAGGAGAUUGUAAAGAAAAAAGAAGAAACACCCCAGCCUGCAAAAAAAGUUGUCACCAUCGUGAAAACAGCGGAGGAGAAAAACGAAUUAAAGAAGAAACUCCAAAAGAAAUACAGCGCUGUGGCUGAGCGCGUCAUCUCCAUAGCGCUCGACAGCGUGGAUUAUAACGAGGAGCGCGCGGAGCAGAUACUCUCCGCCGUGCUAACAGAGGAGCCCAAGAUCAAAACGGCGCCAACGACGCCGAAACGGUCUCGGACACCUGAAGUCAAACCUGGGGAGGAGCGGAGAGCAGUGCUGCCGUGUGUUAUAAGCGUCGCGCGACUACCGAAUGAGACAGCAAGCAUACACGACACGCUUGACGUAUUAGAUGACGUUGUCACUUCCUGGCCGAUCUUGAAGACGAGCGUCGCCGAAACCAAAUAUAAGUCGCAGUACACGGUAGCGGGUUCCGGGCCCAACCCGGCGCUCCGGCGUGGCCCGAAGGAUAGUCUUUUACUUGAGGACUACAUGGUCUGGAAGGGUCCUAACCCAGAGCUUCGCAAGGGGCCAUGCGUGCGGCCAGUGGGUCCUGAGCCCCGCGAGAGGGGCUUCUCGUUAGCGCGGGGGCCCGCGGAGCUCGCCAGUGGCCCCGCUGGACUAAACAAGGGCUCCAUAUAUCAGAAGAUGAACAAGAAGACCGCAAAAAUUGACCCAUUCAUAAGAAUGUUAUGGCCAGAACACUUCCCGUCGCCUUAGUCGUAGUUUUACGCCAUUGGGGUAGUUUGAGUACGUGUUUUUGUUUUAUAUUUUAUUAGAACUAGCUUCGUUUUAAUUUAAUGCCCUUCUUAUAAUACUGUGUAGGUAUACGGCGUACCAAUAAGGUGUAUGUUUCUGCUUAAAUUUUUUAUACUAUUAAUGUAAAACAAAUAGACACCACUUUUAUUUUUAUUAUUGUUAACAGAUCAAAAAAAGUGAAAUAUGCGUUAAGGUCCAGUAAGUUCGUGUUCUUCUCUCACUCUCACUGAGCGUUAGCGUGAGCGAGAUGGAUGUGCGUGCCCGGGAUCGCGGAUAUCAUGUUUUUGUUAUUAGUUUUUUGUACUAUUAAAUAAAUAAAUAAAAUAAUCUUAUUCCCUGAAACAUUAUAUUGCCGAUUUUUAGAACAAUUUUCAUUUUUUUAGGUUUUGUGCAAAAUUUGUUACAUAAUUUUAAAGUGCAUUUUAGACCUUAUUUCGUGAUUUUUACCUAUCUAGCGAAAGUCAAAAACUCGGGAAAAAAGAAACUCAGGCAUCAAGUAUACUAAUUAAAUUUUUGGCAGUCGUAUUGUGAUCUAAACAAGCACUUUACAAAAACUCCGCUGUCUGAACCUACUGUACCUUAAACUACUAAUCCAAAUCCGUACUUUUACAAGUAAGUCUCCUCCUCUUCUUCCUCGCGUUGUCCCGGCAUUUUGCCACGGCUCAUGGGAGCCUGGGGUCCGCUUGACAACUAAUCCCAAGAUUUGGCGUAGGCACUAGUUUUUACGAAAGCGACUGCCAUCUGACCUUCCAACCCAGAGGGUAAACUAGGCCUUGUUAGGAAUAGUCCGGUUUCCUCACAAGUAAGUAUACAAAUUUAUAUGUCCACCUUAAUUUUGU